GGCUCGGGCCCGGUGCCAAGUGAAUUAUCCUUCGGAGACUGCCUGGCGCCCUAGUUGGAGCCAAUUAUCCCCGGGUCAUCGUCGUCGUCGCCAAAUACUUGUGGGGGCGUGAAAGGAACUCCUAACCUGCCACGAGCGGCGAAGACCAACUCCGCAAUGCGACUGGACAACUUGAUGCAGGUGAGGCUAUAUGAGCCACUCGCUUGUAGCCUGCAGGAUAGGCAGGAAAGAAGUAGACUGAACGAAUGAACCGGAGAACUGUAUAUCUUUCCCUUUGUCUCUCGUUUGACUCAGGACUUGAGAAUUGAGAUCCAAGCCAAACCUUGUAGCAAUAUCAGAGAGCGUAACACUUCUUCCUGCAGCCAUCUUCAGUUGUAGGUCAAAACAUAUACUCACCUUGGAGGGACAGUGUCACAGUGUUGAAAAUCACGGUUACACAUACCCGAUUAUCAUCAAAGACGCGCGCUGCGGCGAUAUUUGGUGGUAGGGUCCCUACCAUGGGAUCGAGAAUGAGCAAAGGUAUCAUGGACAACGUGACCGGGCCUCCCAAGGCUAUGCCACUCCAUUUAUUGGAAGAAAUUACGGAUGGUUUCUCUGAGCACCGGAAACUUGGAGGGGGUACGUAUGGAGAUGUUUACCUGGGAGUGCAUAAAGAUGGAGAAAAGAUCGCUGUGAAGGUUCUUAAAAACGAUCUCAGCCUUGAUGAUAUGCAAUUUGAGAAGGAGUAUCACAACAUUGCAAGUCUUCACCACAAAAAUAUUGUCCGGUUAAUUGGCUAUUGCAAUGAAACGCGGAAGGAAUUCAUAACUUACAAUGAAAGAAUAGUUCUUGCUGAAAAGACUAAAAGGAUGCUUUGCUUCGAGUAUAUGCACAACGGAAGCCUUGACAAAUUUAUUUCUGAUGAAUCUAAUGGACAUAAUUGGCUUACACGUUAUGCAAUAAUUAAGGGGGUAUCCGAGGGUCUAGAAUAUCUUCAUGAGAAAUUAAAUCCUCCUAUGUAUCAUUUAGAUUUGAAACCGGCCAAUGUAUUGUUGGACGAGAACAUGUCACCAAAAAUCGCCGAUUUUGGCUUAUCAAGGCUGGUCGGAGGAGAUAAAACACACUUUACGGAAAACCGUAUAGGAACACAUGGGUACAUACCACCGGAGCACAUAGAUGCAGGUGCGAUCUCAACUAAGUUUGAUGUAUACAGUUUCGGUGUGGUGAUCAUAAAGAUAAUUUCAGGGCGAGAUGGCUACCUUAGAAGUGCUGAAAUGUCUUCCCAACAAUUCAUCAACCUUGUACAUACGGACUGGAUGAAUAGGAUACAUGCAACAUCAGUAGGCAUGUAUUCUAUACAAGUAAGGAGAUGCAUAGAAAUAGCUUUAAGCUGUGUGGACAACGAUCGAGACAAAAGGCCAAGUAUUGGGUUAAUUGUCACCGAUCUUAAUAAGACGGAAUCUAGGAGCCAGGUUCUUCUUGAUGCAUUAAGAAGUCAUUGGUCAAGCUUACCGACAAGCCAGCUGUGCCCUUGCAUUACCACCGAUCAUAAGAUGCUGGAUCUCCUGAAAGAAAAAUUGAUCUCUUAUCAACUCCGCAUAACUGACAACAGAAGUACGGCGCACUUAGUAACAAUAACAACCGCUUGUGAUCGGAAAGUUGGUACUACGUCAAAAUCCAAGCCGGUCAGACCGAGAAUCAAGAUCAUAGACUACGAGGAGUGUUUGAGCUGGGCGACUAGCAUGGAUGCGCAUUCAACAAAGCCUUGGAUAUUGCUAUGCCAUGGCGAUGGCGAAGUCACUAUUUGGAAUCACCAGAACCAGACAAGAGUGAUGGCAAUCCACCUCAAUAGUGAUUGGGAGUUUACGGGACAGUUCUAUAUUGGGGGAGCUAAAUUCGUCGAGCCGUUAAUGUGUUUUGUGACCGGUGAUGUUCAAGGAUAUAUCCACGUUUAUUCAUAUGAAAAAGUGGAUAAGCUGCAGAGUUUUAGAGGUCACACGACAAACGUCACUUCCCUGGCGGUUCACCCUAGUGAGCCAUUAGUGCUCUCGGCAUCCUUUGACGGGCUGAUCAAACUUUGGAACUGGGAGGCUGGCUGGCAGUGCAUAAGAACAUUCGAAGGACACUCGGGUCGUGUGUAUCGAGUCAAGUUCAACCCGCGGACUGCGGGAAACACUUUUGCUAGUCACUCAGAAGACUCCACGAUAAAGAUGUGGAACAUGGAUUCUCCUACUCCCGUCGCCUCAUUCGAGUGCCAUCAAGGACCUGCUGGUGGUCUUGAUUAUUUCUGCCCGGGCGGGGCUUUGCAGUAUUUGGUUACAUACAGUCCGUAUGUGGGGAUUGCACAGAUCUGGGAUUUGCAGACAAAGACAUGUAUCAAACUUAUCAACGGACUCCAAGAAUAUGCCUGCAAUAUUGCUGUGGUUGAAGGUCCCUUAGGUCGUCCGAUUCUACUUACAGUGGCAGAGGACCACACUGUUGCUUUUUGUGACUCAACAACUCACAGGUAUGAGAACAGGGUUAACUUUAAUUUGGGAUAUGUUGUGGACUUUGGAUACAUUAACAUGACAAAAAGUAUUGCCGUCCUAUGUUGGAAAGGAAUCGCAAUAAUGGAAAUCGAUUGAUCUUCCACAAAGAUCCAGUUUCUAGCUAAGGUGACAGCUGUGGAUUUUGACGUUUACUCGAAACGGUAGACUGUAUGAUGACAAAUUGACAAUCCUGGUUGGUCUUGGUGGAUCGUUUUGUAUGAUGACAAAUUGACAAUUCCCCUACGACGCUCCGCCAAUGCAGUCACCAUGUACAUUUUUGCAGCGCGCAUUGUAAUUUUAGCGGAUACCAUCAUCUUCGAAAUAAAGGAACCGAGAAAUGUUACCAGCAAAUUGGUGCGAGGCGUCGUGAAACAGAGAAGAGAACAUGUAUAUCGCGUCGUAUGUGUUAACAUGUAUCUCAAGACGGUCGCAAAAGGCGAACGGAAACACUGCCCAACCGUAAUCUGCUGUCUGGAUGAUUUACUUUUUCGUUGUUCCUUUCGCA